AAUUGUGGGCUCAUAUUUUCACUGAUUUUCCAGUUCUCAACCCACCAAACACCAAACGUUGAAGUUCAAGGGUUUUGCUUUUGCUUGUUUUACUGUUUAAUUUAGUCUGCAGACAGUUUUUUGUCGCUUGUUUACUAAAAAAAGUGUUUAUUUUGGGUGAACGUCUCUCUCCAUGGUGCUGAAUCAUUCCACUUUAAGUUGUAAUGCUCUUUUUAAGUGGCAUCACUGCACAUUUUGAACAAUAAGUCAUUAUUAUUUGAACGAAUAAUUUUGUAUAAUUUGAAACUAAUUGUUUUCUUGCACUGAAAAUUGAAAAUUUCAGACUUUCUAACACAAUGAAUAUAUUUACUCUAAAUUAGGACGUGAAUCCCACUUAUUUUAGAAAAAAAUCAAGUUACAGUUUUUUAACAUUGGGGGAUUGUAAAAUCACAAAUCAAACUAUUUUGAUUAAGUUCUUGUUUAGCGUGUCAUGCCUCGGAAACGACUCAAGAGGUCAGUAAGAGCUAAUACACGAGAACCUUCCGUCCCACGUUUUUACGUCAGCAUAAUUAUUUGCAGCUCUGAUCGACAUUGAACAAAAGCUCCCAAAAGCAGCAACUCCACAUUUAGACUCUACUCAACAUUCGAGGACUAUAUGAUUUUUUUUCAACUUCUAUUUCUGCCAAUGUUGCAAUAUUUGCGUUUAAUUUUCAUUCAGUAAUGGAAUACAUUAUAUUUCUUCAUUUUUCUUUAUAUUUUUCCUGUGUUCUUCGUGUUGUAAAUGGAGACGUGACCUACAAUAUUCCAGAGGAAAUGAAACGAGGAUCCUUGAUUGGAAAUGUCGCUAAAGACCUAGGUCUGGAUAUAAGCAAACUAACCGCCCGCAACGCACGCAUUGAUCCGGAGGAAAAUAUCACUCCGCAUUGUGGAAUAAACCUCCAAACGGGAGAACUGACUGUACUCGAGAGGAUCGACCGGGAAAGUCUUUGUGGAAAAAAAGCGUCUUGCGUUUUAAUACAGGAGCUAGUGCUCGAAAAUCCUUUAGAGCUGCACCGGGUUAAUAUACGGGUACAAGAUAUCAAUGAUAACUCGCCCCAAUUUAACGAGGAUUUGCUGAAAAUUGAAAUACACGAAUCAGCAGUCAAAGGCGCUCGCUUCUCCUUGGAUGAGGCGCAUGAUGAAGACAUAGGGGAAAAUGCAGUUCAGAGGUACGCCAUUGAGCAAAACGAUCAUUUCAAGUUAAAUGUAAACACAAAAGGUGUUGGGGGCAAAUAUUGUGAGCUAGUUUUAGAUAAAGAAUUAGACAGAGAAGACAAAAGCGAGCAUGUGCUGCAGCUCACAGCGUUUGAUGGCGGAUCUCCACAGAGAUUAGGCACAGCAGUGAUACAUGUAAAGGUACUGGAUGCUAAUGAUAACGUACCUGUGUUUACUCAGAAUAUUUACAAAGCAAGUUUGCCUGAAAAUGCUGCACUGGAUACAUUAAUCAUAACAGUUAGCGCUAAUGAUGCAGAUAGUGGGCAGUACGGUGAAGUCACUUAUGGUUUUAAUAGAUUAUCUGGUCAAAAAAGCAACAUGUUCUCUUUACACCCGAAAACUGGUGAGGUGAGAGUAGUUGGAGCUAUUGAUUUUGAGAAAGAAUCACUGCAUGAAAUGCAAAUUAGCGCUAAAGACGGUCUGGGAUUGGCCUCUUAUGCAAAUUUAAUUAUUGAGAUAAUAGAUGUAAAUGACAACGCCCCUGUCAUACAUCUAAAGUCACUGUCCAACCCGGUGCCCGAGAACGCACCACCUGGUACAGAGGUGGGCAUCAUCAAUGUGCAGGACAGAGACUCUGAGAAGAACCGACAGGUCCGCUGCUCCAUCCAGCAGAACGUUCCUUUUAAAUUGGUUCCUUCUGUCAAAAACUAUUAUUCUCUGAUGACCACAGGACAGCUGGACCGUGAACUAGUGUCUGAUUACAACAUUACAAUCAGUGCCACUGACGAGGGCUCUCCACCUCUGUCCUCCUCUAAAACUGUUCGGUUAUCUGUAGCUGACAUCAACGACAACCCACCUGUGUUUGAGGAGCAGUCCUACAGCGCUUAUGUGAGUGAAAAUAACAAACCUGGCUCCACUUUAUGUUCCGUUAGUGCUCGAGACCCGGACUGGAGACAAAACGGUACCGUGAUUUAUUCUCUGUUACCUGCUGAGGUUAACGGCGCGUCGGUGUCCUCCUAUCUAUCAGUUAACGGAGACACGGGGGUGAUCCACGCUGUCAGGUCGUUUGAUUAUGAACAGCUGAGGAGUUUUAAAGUUCACGUGAUGGCCAGAGACAACGGUUCUCCUCCUCUCAGCAGCAACGUGACCGUGAGUGUGUUCGUAUCAGAUGUGAAUGACAACUCUCCUCAGAUACUGUACCCCGCCCCGGAGGGCAGCUCCUUCAUGACCGAGCUGGUCCCCAAAGCUGCACACGGAGGCUCUCUGGUGUCCAAAGUGAUAGCGGUGGACGCGGACUCUGGACAGAACGCCUGGCUGUCCUAUCAGAUAGUCAGAUCCACUGAUCCGGGACUUUUCACUAUCGGUGUGCACAGCGGAGAGAUCAGGACGCAGCGGGACAUUUCUGAAUCUGACAGCAUGAAACAGAACCUGAUUGUAGCAGUGAAAGAUAACGGACAGCCCUCUCUGUCUGCCACCUGUGCCAUGUAUUUACUGAUUUCUGAUAACUUGGCUGAGGUGCCAGAGCUGAAAGAUAUUUCUUAUGAUGACAAGAACUCCAAACUGACCUCGUAUCUGAUCAUUGCGCUGGUGUGUGUGUCCACCUUCUUCCUGACCUUCAUCAUCAUCAUCCUGGGUGUGAGGUUUUGUCGCAGGAGAAAGCCCAGACUGUUGUUUGAUGGAGCAGUGGCCAUUCCCGGAGCUUAUCUCCCUCCUAAUUACGCAGAUGUUGAUGGAACAGGAACUUUACGCAGCUCCUACAACUAUGACGCCUACCUGACAACAGGAUCUAGAACCAGUGACUUUAAGUUUGUGUCAUCUUACAAUGACAACACGCUGCCUGCUGACCAGACUCUGAAGAAAAGUCCCUCUGAGUUUGUUGAUGUGUUUGGAGACUCUGAUUCUUCUCCAGAGGUAGGGUGACCUAAUUCCAUUUUGUUUGGAAUUGAAAUAUUUUUUUUAACAUUUUGAUGAGCAACUUUAGAAAACAUAAAAAUCACAUUACAGUUUUACUAUCUCUACAUAAUUAAAUAUAUUUUAAACGUUUUACAUUAACUUCAUUUAGUUUUCACAAUCAUUCGGGUAUUUUUGUUUUGUUUUUGUUUUUAUGUUUUUUUCAUGAACAUAUCCAUCUUUUGAUCUUUCUUAUUCAAACUGGAGUCUGGAAAAAAAAAGUGCUUAAUCCUACAACGUUUUUACACCAGGGAAGAGUUUUCCAAGUGAAUUUACCAAAAGUCAGUAAGACUCACUUAAGAGACCGUUCCUGAUCCCGAAGCAUGGGAGGAUGCGCUCCGUGUGCACCAACUCUCCACCAGUAUGUGACCACGCACUUCAAAGCGCAUGCAUGACUGUUAUAAGCAGGCACGUGCAG